AUGGCGAACGCUCAGCAAAUAAAGACACAGCUGAAUAUCCAGGGAGCCAUACUCGGACCCGGCGACGAAAAUUACGAGGAAAGCCUAAGGCUAUGGUCUGAUACUUGUUAUCGGCGAGCGGCCGUCGUGGUCCACCCAAAGAACGCCAACGACAUAGCAACCACGGUGAACUAUGCAAGAGAGCAUCACUUGGACCUAGCAGUCCGAGGAGGCGGCCACUCAACCCUAGCCACUUCAUCGACCGACGGUGGCAUCCUAAUCAACCUCGGCAAGGAGAUGACCAGGGUGGUUGUCGAUCCCGAUACUCGGACUGUCACCGUGCAAGGAGGAGCGACCUGGGAAGAUGUCAGCAGGGAGGUUGGACGGUACCCGCUCGCGGUCAACGGCGGCACGGUGAGUAUGGUCGGCGUUGGGGGGCUCAGCCUGGAGGGCGGGUAUGGGUAUUAUGCGCCUCAGCACGGGGUUACUCUGGAUACGAUCCUCGCGGCGAAAGUGGUCACAGGCACCGGUGAGAUUGUGAGCGUAUCGCGCGAGGGUGAGGAGCACGCAGAUUUGUUCUGGGCGAUUCGCGGUGCUGCGCCGACGGUUGGGGUCGUGUACGAGCUGACCUUCCAGGCAUACUCGCAGCCGACUCCAAUCUGGUACGGGAUGAGGAGCUAUCCGGCUAGCGAGGUGCAGAGGGUUACUGAAGGCCUGAAUGCGGCGCUCUUCCACCCCCGCGGCAAAGCGGCCGCGCAGUGUCUUUUGUAUCUCUCGCCCGAGGACGGCAAGACCCCGAUUGUCAGCACCGUCUUGUUCUUCGACGGCAGCGAGGAAGAAGCCCGUGCGCAUUUUGCGCCGCUGCUGAAGCUAGAGUGCAUCGGCGACAACAUGUCGAUGAGGCCCUUUUCCGAAACCAACACGGUCCUUAACCCAUUCGUGCCCGCUGGAGGUCGGAAGAACGAGCUAGGGUUUGACACAACCCUCCCACCAAGCCCUGAAUUUGUGGCAGAGCUUUUGGACUACAUCACUGCCAGCCUCACUGCGGAGCCUGAUUUUGCCCAUGGUUCGGUCGAGAUCGACUUCUUUGACCCUACGGAAAUCUGCCGUGUUCCUGUCCCAGACGCUGCGUUCCCGACGCGUGUCCGGCUCCUGCACGGGACGGCUAUGCUCCAGUGGACCGAUGCCACCAAGGAUGAAGCAUCCCUCUCGCUGGGCAAGGAGAUCCUGAAGAUGGCGGAGCGCGAGCUACUGCGCCACGGGGAGAGGCAGGGUCUAACAGUGUCCAAUUUUUUGGGAUACAAUCCAGAAACCAAGUUAUCCCCUUCAGAGAUGUUUGGCGAGAAUGCACGUCGGUUGCUGGAUGUCAAGGCCAAAUACGAUCCGGCCAACAUGUUCAACAAGCAGAACCCUAUCGUUUGA